UUUACACACUUUCCUUAUAUAGGACGAUGAUGUGAAUCAGAACCAACUGAAACGACGAUUACGAAACCUGGCUUUGUCUCCAUUAAAGCUUUGCCAAAAAACCUAGCUUGGAGGUGUUAAGGAUGGGGAGAGGAAAGAUCGUGAUUCGGAGGAUCGACAAUUCCACUAGCAGGCAAGUGACGUUCUCGAAGCGGAGAAACGGAUUGCUGAAAAAGGCUAAGGAGCUGGCGAUCUUGUGCGAUGCCGAAGUAGGAGUGAUAAUCUUCUCCAGCACUGGAAAGCUCUAUGAUUACGCAAGCACCAGCAUUAAAUCAAUAACUGAGCGCUAUAUCAAAGCAAAAGAGGAACACCAACAACUGGUUAACCCAACUUCAGAAGUCAAGUUCUGGCAACGGGAGGCAGCAAUGUUGAGGCAACAACUGCAACACUUGCAAGAAAAUCAUCGGCAAAUGAUGGGGGAAGAGCUUUCUGGUUUGAGUGUCAAAGAUUUGCAGAAUUUGGAGAACCAAUUGGAAAUGAGUCUUCGAGGUGUCCGUAUGAAAAAGGACCAAAUUUUAAUUGAUGAAAUACAGGAACUAAACCAAAAGGGAAACCUUCUUCACAAUGAAAAUGUGGAAUUGUAUAAGAAGGUAAACUUAAUUCGUCAAGAAAACAUGGAAUUAUAUAAGAAGAAAAAUUUCACAUCCCAGGUUUAUGGAACAAGGGAAGUGAAUGGAACAAACAAAAAUGCCUUCACAAAUGGUUUAAGCAUUGGAGAGGACUUGCAUGUGCCCAUCCAUCUCCAGCUUUGCCAGCCACAGCAACAAAACUAUGAGACGACACCAGCAAGAGCUACAAAACUGGGCAGACUACAACUGCAAUAGCAAAGAAGAUGGAUCAUUUAUGGAAGGAUGUUAACAAACUCCUAUCAACAAAAUGCUUCAUGAUGAUAAAGUUAUGCUACUCUUAGUGAGACUUGGUGAUCUAGAAACCAUCCAUCACAAAGAUUUCAGUUUGACAUGAUCAAUGAAACAAAUUUUAGCAGUGUGAGAUGAUAAAGAAACAUUUACCUUUGUAAAGCCUAAUAUCAGAUAAAAUAAAGAAAAAAGGCAAAAAGAAAAAAAAAAAAAAACAAACAAACCGCAUGUGCAAUAGUAAGAUUUGCCUUUUAAGG